AGUAGAUAUAAACCCGCAGCAAAUACGGACAACAUUCACGCGCUCUUCCCAACAUCUAAAAAUGGAGCCAAGUAGAGACGGCGGCGGCGGCGGCGGCUCAGCUGAGAUGAAAAGGGAAGAAUUGGAAGGAAGAUGGAGGCUUUACGAGGCCUACAAUGAGCUUCACGGAUUGGCUCAGGAGUUCGACACGCCGUUCGACGCGCCGGCGGUGCUGGUGGUGGGCCACCAAACGGACGGCAAGAGCGCCCUCGUCGAGGCCCUAAUGGGCUUCCAGUUCAACCACGUCGGCGGCGGCACCAAGACGCGCCGCCCGAUCACUCUACACAUGAAGUACAACCCCGACUGCGACUCCCCUCUCUGCAAUCUCUUGUCCGAUUCCGACCCCUCCGUUUCCCACGAAAGAUCUCUCCAGGAAAUUCAGGCAUUUAUAGAAGCUGAAAAUAUGAGGUUGGAGAAGGAGCCAUGUCAAUUUUCUGCAAAGGAAAUAAUAAUCAGAAUAGAAUACAAAUAUUGCCCAAACCUUACAAUUAUAGACACUCCCGGACUUGUUGCGCCUGCUCCCAGUAAGAAGAAUCGGGCUUUCCAGGCUCAAGCUCGUGCUGUAGAGUCUCUCGUCAGAGCUAAAAUGCUGCAUAAGGAAUUUAUCAUAUUAUGCCUUGAAGAUUGCAAUGAUUGGAGUAAUGCAACUACAAGGAGGAUAGUAAUGCAGAUUGAUCCUGAGCUGUCUAGAACCGUCGUUGUUGCAACAAAACUUGACACCAAAAUACCUCAGUUUGCACGAUCUUCAGACGUUGAAGUCUUCCUUUCACCUCCUGCUUCUACACUUGAUGGCUUUAUGUUAGGUGAUUCUCCAUUUUUCACAUCUGUGCCAUCUGGUAGAGUUGGUUCUGGACCUGAAUCAGUCUACAGUUCUAACGAUGAUUUCAAACAGGCUAUUUCUUCAAGGGAAAUGGAAGACAUUGCAGCUCUUGAAGAGAAGCUUGGGAGACCACUCUCCGAACAGGAAAAAAGCAGAAUAGGUGUUAGCAGUCUUAGGAUAUUUUUGGAAGAAUUGCUUCUUAAAAGGUAUAUGGACAGCGUUCCAUCAAUUAUUCCACUCCUUGAAAAAGAGUAUAGAAGCAGCACAAGGAAGCUAAAAGAAGUUAAUGAGGAACUCAGCUCGUUGGAUGAAGUUAAACUCAAGGAAAAAGGCAGAAUUUUUCACGAUCUCUUUCUAACUAAGCUAUCACUGUUACUGAAAGGGACAGUUGUUGCACCACCUGAUAAAUUUGGUGAAUCUCUGCAAGAUGAAAGAGUCAAUGGAGGGGCAUUUGUUGCUUCUGAUGGUCUUCAAUUUCCACACAAGCUAAUACCUAAUGCUGGGAUGCGUCUUUAUGGCGGUGCUCAGUAUCAUCGUGCAAUGGCUGAAUUCCGGUUUGUUGUUGGAGGUGUAAAAUGCCCUCCAAUUACACGUGAAGAAAUUGUGAAUGCUUGUGGAGUUGAAGACAUUCAUGAUGGAACUAACUAUUCCAGGACUGCGUGUGUAAUUGCCGUUGCAAAGGCCCGUGAUACGUUUGAACCCUUUCUCCAUCAGUUGGGGUGUAGACUAUUGCACAUUCUUAAGAGGUUACUACCAAUUGCAGUUUUUCUCCUUCAGAAAGAUGGGGAGUACCUUAGUGGUCAUGAUGUAUUUCUUAGACGAGUUACCUCUGCCUUUAACAAAUUUGCAGAAUCCACUGAAAGAUCAUGCCGUGAAAAAUGCAUGGAGGACUUAGUCAGCACAACCCGAUAUGUUACGUGGUCUCUCCAUAAUAAGAACCGAGCUGGAUUACGCCAGUUCCUAGAUUCAUUUAGCGGAUCGGAAAAUUCUCCUAGUCAAGAAUUUUCAGCUGAAUCUGGAGCUGGUGGUGAUAGUACCAAGCAGGAAGCCAAGUCCCGAACAGAUGUGAAGGUUACCUCAAGGAAUGAAACAUGUCUGAGUAGCCAAACAUCUGAAACUAGGCUAGCCGACCUCUUAGACAGCACACUGUGGAACAGAAGGCUCGCUCCUUCUUCUGAAAGGAUUGUUUAUGCAUUGGUUCAGCAAAUAUUUCAUGGCAUUAGAGAAUAUUUCUUGGCAUCAACAGAAUUGAAGUUCAACUGUUUUCUCCUCAUGCCAGUCGUGGACAAGCUCCCGGCUCUCCUACGCGAAGACUUAGAGGCUGCAUUCGAAGACGAUUUGGACAAUGUUUUCGACAUCUCCAACCUGCAGCAUUCGUUCGGGCGGCAGAAGCGGGAAACUGAAAUUGAGUUGAAAAGAAUACAAAAACUCAAAGAGAAGUUCAGGUGCAUUCAUGACCAACUCAUUUCCCACAAGUUCAGGUUAGUUCUGUAGUAUGUUCUGCACUAAGUGGUGGGUGCUGAAAGAGAGAUAUGACAAUUGCAUUUCUGUUGUUAUUUCUUGAUUCUUGCCUUUUAAGUUUGGCUGCAGUGUAAUGAUCACAUUUUUAUACAGGAGAACAAUAUUUUAAGACAUGUUUAGAAAGUAGAAGACUAAGAAAGGAUGACUAUUAAGAGAAUAAUUUAGAAUAGAGGACUACGAUGAGA